UUUCCCACCAAAACGUCGGCUCAAAGCAAAUCGAUUAUUACCACGUUGAUACCUCCUUCGCCAUGGCCGCCGGUGCUUGGCUCCCGCCGGUUGAUCUCACCGCCUCCGGCCGGCCAGUACUCUUCCCUGGCGAGGUUGAACGCCUCUUCCUUUCAUCCAUCGACCUCCAGGCCGACGAGAAUCCUUCUCUUUCCCCGCUCCGCUCGGGCCUCCUCAUCCUCACCUCCCACCGCCUGCUCUGGAUCAACGACACGUCCCGCUUCGCCCACUCUAUUCCCCUCGAUUCAGUCAUCCAUGCCUUUCCUCCAAAAAAAUCCAUCAAAAGCGUGUUCGCUAGCCCUAGGAUUCGAAUCCAGGUUUCUGCCUGUAAGGAUGGAAAGAUCAUCGGUGGCCAGGGAACGACGUCGGUGGUGAUUACAAUCGUGAUGCGAGGUGGUAAGAGUGAUCCGGAAGCGUUUUACGGGAAGUUAUGGGAGGUUUUGAAGUCAAGGUCGUGGGAGGUGGAGGAAGCGAAAGGAAGUGAGGCUGUGGGGGAGCUUAGGGCCAGCGGUUCGGGAGAGGGAACGAGCGUAGUGAGAACGGCGGUGGUUGGUGUUGCGGGUAUUUUGAGGAAGGAGCAGGAAAUGUGGGAGAGCACGGACAAGAGCUUGCAGGAUGCUUUCCAGGACCUCAAUGCUUUGAUGAGUAAAGCUAAAGAGAUGGUUGCAUUAGCUGAGAAAAUGAGGCAGAAGUUGCUAUCUGGUUCAGCUGCUCAGGCUAAUGCAAAUGAAGAGGAGAUGGGUUCUAAGCAAGAGAUGCAAGAUUGGCUACUCAGUGUUGGUAUUGUAUCACCUGUUACAAAAGAGUCCGCUGGUGCUCUCUAUCAUCAGCAAUUAUCUCGCCAGUUGGCUGAUUUUGUGAAAUUUCCGCUUGAGAAAGCUGGAGGAAUGAUUGCAAUGAUAGAUGUGUACUGUCUUUUUAAUCGUGCUAGAGGAACAGAAUUAAUCUCACCCGAGGAUCUUUUGCAAGCCUGCGCUCUUUGGGAAAAAUAUGAAGUUCCAGUAAUGCUUAGAAAGUUUGAUAGUGGAGUAAUGGUCAUUCAGAGCAAGGCCCACAGUGACCAGGAGGUUUUUACAAGAAUAGCCUCUCUUGCACAGAAGCCAGAUGCUCUGAAAAAGGGCAUAAGUCCCAGUGAUGCAGCUUUAACACUAGGUAUUGCACCAGCUCUUGCCAAAGAACACCUGUUAAACGCUGAAAAUAGAGGUCUUUUGUGCAGAGAUGUCAGUCCAGAGGGUUUUCGUUUUUAUGCCAAUAUUUUCAAAGAGUUUGAGCAAGGAGAUAUUUACUUGGUUAAAGAUCACGGUCUUUAUGAAGCGUGGAUAUCCGCUGCAUCGUUGGUCUCUUCUUCAUAGAGUGCAUGGACAUGAUAGAACUUUCUUAAGGCCGGAGUGGAUCUGACCACCUGAAGGUAUGCAUGGCUACAUGAAAUUGUUUCCUGGAAAUAUAGUUUCAAAAAAGAAAAACUCUCUUAUUAUUAAUGCCUUGACUGAUGAUUUUUUUUUCUUUGGAUGCUAAACACCCCCCACA